UCGUCUCUCUCUUCCUUCCCCCCUCCCUCCCUCUCGUACAAGGAAGCUACGCAGACGCAAGCUCUGGUCUUUACGAUUUAAAACGACGAUCUCUUAAUCGAUUUCACCUGCAACGCUGCAACUGUUAAUUCUGGUAUACGGUGCGUUUUGUGGGUCUACGGUUUCCCAAUUUUCAGCAUCGUAUUUAAAGAGCCAUGGAGGCCUCCGGCGUCGUUUCCCGCCAAGUUCAGUGCUUUUCCGCUGCUAAAAUCGACAACUCCGCCCGUUCUUGUACGUCGUCGUUUAACUGCAAGCUUCGCGUUCUGGGUCGUCGUGAUUUUGGAGUUUCACUGAGAACCAGAAAGCCUCGCCGGCAUUUAAAUUCCGGGUUUAGCGACGACGGACAUUUACAGUAUUAUCAGGCGGGUCCCAUGUGCGGUGGUAUGAAGGAGAAGGCGAAGGAGAUCAAGAAGAAGGUGAAGUUGCUCAAGGGGUUGUCGAAGAACUUGGCGGCGUAUUCUCAGAUGGGUUUUGGACCGUUGGAUUCUCAAGAGGGUUUGGUCGAUCAACUUCAGGGGAAGCUGAUCUCGGAAAGUGCUGAGGAAUUAUUGCUAAAACAAUUGGAACAGCUAAGAGCAGAGGAAAAGGAAUUGAAGAAGAAGGGGAAAGAAGAGAAGGCAAGGCUUAAAGCUGAGCGGAUGAAAACCAUGGUUGACAGUGAAUCAUCAUCGUCUUCAUCGUCUGAAUCCAGUGACAGUGAGUGUGGGGAGGUGGUAGACAUGAAGCGCCUGCAAAGUGAAGUCCCGGCGCAACCAAUUGUAGAUAGUUUGCAGCCAUUUGCUCAUCAAGAAGGGGCAUUGUUGACCAUACUUAGCUCGCUAGCUACUCAUCAAGAGAACACAACUGUGGAAACUGGCAUUGAUUUUGGAAGUUCACAGAUAGAUCAAAAAGCAGAAUGCUGUAAUGGAACUAGUACUAUUUGUGGCAGUAGCGGUAGUAUUACCUUUAAUGAGUCUCUAAGUAGCGCAGUUGUCGGAGUUUCAGCGAAGAAGAUUGAGGUGUGCAUGGGAAACAAGUGCAAGAAAUCAGGAGGCGGAGCGUUGUUGGAAGAAUUCGAGAGGCAGAUGGGCGGUGAAGGAGCUGUUGUAGGGUGCAAGUGUAUGGGAAAAUGCAAAAACGGCCCUAAUGUGAGGGUUUCAACCACCGUUGGCAGGAUUCAAUCCGAAGGAAUGGAUGACUCCGUUAGAAGUCCGACGAAUCCUUUGUACAUUGGAGUUGGCCUGGAAGAUGUGAGCCUCAUUGUGGCUAAUUUAAUUGGGGACGAAAACAAGGAUUUGGACCUUGUUUCUGCAGCUUAGAUUUAGCUAUUUAAUGAUCUGCAAAGAAGGGGUAUGGCAAUAGAAUUGGUUUGUUUUUGGUGUAUAAUUUAUGUUUUAUGACUUGUAAGUUUGCAUUUUUACUGUCAUGUCCACAGGUCCUAGUUCUUUAGAACGUUUUAUCUUUCUACAAGUGUAAAUGUAAAUAGACAGAUGAUGUGUCCGCAGUCACUACUUACAAGUUAAUCACACGCCUUUCUUUUUCUAACUGUA